CAAGAACGAUACAAUGCCGUGCCGUACCGUACCGCACUACGGCAUCCGUAGUACUUGUAUUCCACAGCAGAAAAUCUGUUGUGGUCCUUGGUUUUUCAAUUCGUCGUGAUUGAUGAAAUAGGAAAUACAAUACUGUACUACUUCCUACUUCUUCUUCUGACCACUAGCGAUUGCAGCCACUAUUUUUCUUUGGGCCCGUGGACGGAUUCCACCGCACCGCACCGCACCACACCAAUCGAACCAAUCGAAGACCCCACCCACCCCACCCCACCGCAGCCGUUGCUCCGCCGAGACAGCCACCAUGGUAGGGAGCGACGUCUACCGGGGGAUGCUGAAGGAGAUGGGGGCCGACCACAAGAGCAUGGACUACCUCUUCGACGACGACAGCGACGAGGACGACGAGGACAUCGACCUCACCCGCGAYGACGAUUCCCUGGAGGGAAGCAACGGAGUGGAAAACUACCUCAAGGGGAUCAAAUCGGUCCUGGGGCACGGCCAUUCCGAGGGGGUCUCCUUCCACAACAACAAUGACGACAACAACRACAGCAGARCCAGCGACAACRACAAUAGCAGCARCAACAACAACAACAUGAUCGCCACAGACAACAACCCCUACGCGAUGCUCCGGUGGGAAUCCUCCGAGCUCGAAGACAGCCUCCCGGGCGGGACGGCGAAACCUUUGGCAGGGGACCACGCCGAGGACGACGACGCCCACGCCGAGAACGAACGGCGGGCCCAUCCCUUUGCCUGGCAGCGCAUGCUCGASAUGGCCAACGCGGAGCACGAGGAACUCAUGGAAAAGGUCGUCCGCCUGCGCCGGGCGCAGGAGGAGACCUCCCCGGGCAAGCCGGUUGGGAAGGGGCAGCACGUUGGGAAACCACGGUUGGCCCCCGGCAAGGAGAACGAUUCCUUCGGCCUUGCGGGCCUCGGAAGCAGGGCCGGCCCCAACGCCGGGGGCCUUCCGGCAUCGCCCGGCGGCCARGAGCUCCUGGAACAGCUGUCCACCCGGGACGCCAGGCUCAAGGACGAGUGGAAGUCCCAGCAGGAGGAAUCCGAUCGGAUCAAGGACCAGCUCGCCAGCAUGCAGAACCGGCUCCGGACCAAGCAGGAGGAGUGGGAGCACGAGCGCAGGGAGCUCUUCUCGCCUCCCCGGGGCGGCCCGGAGAAGGCCUUUUUCGCGUCUCCCGGUAGCGGAAGCACCCUCGUGCCCACGCCGCCUCUGGGGGCGGCCCCUUGGACCGGCGGGGGGGGCAACGACAACGUCAGCGACAGCAGCAACGACGAGAAGAAGAACAACAACAACAACGCCAACACCACCCCCGGGAACGAACACGACCUCUCGAGCGCCCUCGCCGCCAUCUCCCGGCUCGAGGCCCGGCUGGAAGAAUCCCGGAGCGUCCAGGAAUCCCAGAAGGAAGAGCUCUUUGAGUGCAAGAACAAGCUCCGGCAGCGCGAGGUGGACCACCAGGCGCUGCUCCUCAGGCACGAGACCGAGCAGAAAGCCCGGAGGGACGCCGAGGCCGAUCACGAGCGCSAGCUCAAGGCGGCCGAGAAAGACCUGGAGGACGCCCUGGACAAGCUGCAGAAGCAGAUCGCCACCAACCAGGACCUGAGGGACCAGCACCGGGAGCGGUGCGAGCGGCUGGGAUCCAAGGCGGACGCCCUUGCCGGGGAACUUUCGGAAGCAAAAGCCGCGCAKCAGAAGCUCCUGGCCGAGGCCGCAAGGGCGGGAGACCUGGCCGCCGAGCAAGAGGGGAUCCGGUCGGAMCUCGCCCUCCGAGCGGAGGAACAAGCCUUGCGGGCCGAACGGGCCGAGGCGAAGAUCGGYGAGCUCGAGGCCGGGCAGGCCUCKGAGAUCGAUCGCUGGAGGUCCGAGGCGGAGGACCGGCGCCGGGAGCUGGAGCUCAACACGACGCAGRUGACCGCCGAGCUCGACGAGGCCAACGCCCUGUACUCGGAGUGGAAGGAAACCAACAGGGACCGCCACACCAGAGAACUGGAAUCGCGCCUCGAGGAACUGAGAAACGAACACGCCAGGGAAGYAAACGACUGGAAGGCAAGGGUGGACGACCAGCAACGCCRGAURGAAGCUKGCGCGGCCCAGGCUUCCGCCGCGCUGGAGGAAGCCCGGUCCAGGUACUCGGAGCUGGAACGAAAGCACGACAGGGAGGUCAAGGAAUGGCAGCAGCUCCUGCUGGAUUCCGGCUUUGACAAGGCGGCUGCCGACGAGGCUGCCGGCUCGAACGAGAGCGACAACARCAGCARCAAGGAGGACGAGAGGAAGAGGAUGAUCGGUGCCGUGGGCAGGGACCGGGAUGCCAGCUCGGAACUGCUGUCGCCGAUCCGAAUGGCGGCUCCAGCGGCCCACCACGCGUUCGGCGGCGGGCCGGGUCCCGGGGAUUUCAGUCUGGAGUACGACCAUUCGUCGAUCCUCAACAAGUCCUCGGACGACCAGUCCGCCGAGAGCCUUCCUUCUCAGUCCAUUAGCAACAAGAUCGACGACCUGCUGGAAGAAAUAGGAGAAAUGGACCUGGAACGAACCAUGAUCCUGAAAGAAAUCAACGACGGGGUCAGCGACGAUGGAAGCGACGRGGGUUCCCUGCUCUCCGCACAACACGAUGCCGCUGGAUUGGACACGACACGAGAGCCGGAACCCGCCGCCGAAAACGAGGCGGUGGACARCGGUGCCGAGGAGGGUGCCGGAGACGAAAACGWAAAAGUGGACGAAAACGAGCCUCCGGCGACACCCCAUCGUUCCAUGGUCGAGAGCGAGGGACAAACCAGGGACGCACUGAACGAAUCGAAUUCCACGACGGAUUCGGAGGUUUUGGACCAGACGCUUCAUCUGCUGAACAACCUCAAGGUGAUGCUGACCAGCCCGRAGAAGGAACACGAGRUAUCCGUCCUGGAACGUCUCGAGGUUCUCUCCGAGCUGAUGCAAUCCAACGAUGGGGCCGAACUGGAACGGCUCGAGGGCAUGUCCGAGCUGAUGAAGUCGCAGGACCUACAGGAGUCCGGAGUGUUCGAACCAUCGCGGUUGCAAGACCCGGAAUCCGCCGACCGGGCCUCCGCUUCCGGAAGAACCACUCCGGGCAACCGGUCCGGGGCCUUUGYCCCUUCGUCCCCGGUGGAAUCGCCCCCGCCGGUGCACUCCCCUUCGCCRCGGGGAGCGGCUUCGAGCGCUUCCGCAAACACGUCGUGGAUCUCGGCGGUGCGGUCCACCGCCGCCGAAGACCCCUGGCCCGCCCUCGUCGCGGAGCUGAGGAGCCGCUGCGAGUUCCUGGAGCGGGACCGGGACGAGGUCACGCGCAUCACGGCGCAGAUCCUGGAGAGCGAGAGGACCUCGCACCGGGCCGAGCUCGAGGCCGCAAUGGCUACGGCGGAGCGCAAGGCGAACGAGGCCCUCCACGACUUGCACCUGGAGAAGAACCGGGAGCUCGGCGCCGUCUAUCGGAGCGUGUGCCCGCAAUGCCAGCAGGAGGUGUACUCCAUGAUGUAACCGACGACGKCGGCAGUGGCAGUGGCAAUGCGAACACGUGGACAGAACGGAAUCRAAUGGGUACAAAACACAGCGGYGYGACAGACCUAGGGAAUAGAUUGUCAUCUCAACG